UUGUAUAAUUUUGGGAGCAAAAUUUUUUUGAAAAUUUUAAAAAAUAUACAUAUGCAAAUUAAACACUGGUUUUUACACUACUAAGAAAUAAAAUUAAAAAGUUAUAACAUAGUCGAAAAAAAUUUGAAAAUUUAAACUUCUUCGUUUUUUAAACAGAGAUGUAGUUACUGAUGAAAGAACAUUUUCUUUCAAUAGAGACGUCUUGAAAAUUAAAACUUUAUUUCUAAUGAAGAGGAUUUAAAACAGCCUUUUUACUUUAAAAUAUGCGGGAAAUUAACAAUGGCACACUAAAAGGUUUACUAAAAAAAACAAAUAGACCUCCACAAACUCGAAAAAAUCGUGUUGUAUUCGAUGAGACUAGAAAUGAAUUUUUCGAAGCAGACUAUAUUAUUCUUAUAAGAGAAGAAUGUACAUAUUCUGAAGAUGAUGAGGAACCUUGCUCCUGUGCUGAACAAGAUUUUGUCAAAAAAUGUUAUGAUGAAUCAUGCCAAUGUAAUUAUGAAGUGGAGAAUAAGUCACACAUUGCACAACAAUCAAAAGCAAAGAAUACACAAAACCCAAAAAACUUAGCAGAAGUUACUGAAGAAACUCUCAGUCCACCAGAUGGGUAUAAGGAUAAUCGUCCGGUUAAUCCUAUAUCAGAAGCUUUAAGCGGACACAUUUUCGGAACACAUCAUAUUCAGCAGCUUCAAGUAAUUCAAAAAUUACAACAACAAAGAGCUGCGAUUCUUGCCGCACGCAUUAAUAUUCAAAAUAAAAUAAAUGAACAACAUGAAAAUAAUAUUUGUAAUGAAUGUGUAGAGUGCGUUGAAUGCUCCCAAAAUUCCAUAGAGAGUUUAGGUGUGGUUGCCCCCGUCUCGUUAAUACCAUUUGAAGAUACAACAUCGAAAGAAAAGAUUACUCAAAAGGAGAUAAUUGCGGGAGAAGAGCAUCCCAAGUAUAAAGUCGAAAAUGAUUCCAAAGUUGAUACUUUUCAAGAAAAUCAUGAUGCGAGAACUCAAACAAAAACAACAACCGAUGAUAGUGCAAAAAGCGAGUUGGUAUCCGACAACUCCACAAUUAAUGGAAUACUCAAAGGUGGAAAGUUAAAACAAGGUGUCUAUGAGCAAAAACUAGAAGUCGACAAACAAAUAAAUGAAAAAGCUGAUGAAAACUAUAAGAGAUCUGUAAGGUUUUCAACGCAAAAUAAAGUAGCGGUUGUUACAGAAACAAAAAAUUCAUGUGCCAGAGAAGAAAAUGACCUCAUAAAUGAACUUAUUCCAAUCCGGAAACAUUCACGUUUAUUUAAUAAUGUCAACAAACCUAACUCAGCUGUACGACAACUUUUCCCAGAAAAAUCCAAACAAGAUAGAUCCAAUCAAAGUUAUGAAAAAAAUGAUUUGCAAAUGGGCAAAAGGAAUCAAGAUUUAAUUCGAAUGAACAUCGAACGGGGUACUCUACGUAGAUCCUUGUUGAGGAAAAAAAAUGGAAAAUCGGAAACUUCUCUUGAGGAACAGCUAAAAUUACUGACAUGUGAUAUUGAAGAUUCCAAUGAAGAAAUACAACAAAUUAAAAAUAGCUAUGGCUGUGAGUUCGUAGAGCUUGAAAAUACUUGUGAUGAAAAUAUAUGUGGAGCAUCUUUUUCAGCAGUUUAUAAUAAAGCUUAUAUUUCGGAUACAUAUAUUCCAUGUUCGUCUGCAGAUAAAUCGAAUUGCGAAAGGAAUCAUGAGGAUAUUAUUUUAGAACAGCCUGUUCUUAUGAAUGCAGAUGAGACUCUUCUUUCUGCCGCACCGGAUAUUGCUCUUGAAAUGCAUAUACCCAUCAAUGAAGUUCAAUAUCAGCAGGCUACAUACCGUAACAAUGAGCAUAAAAGAUUUUUAUCAACAUUCGUUCCAUUGACAUCUUGCAUGGCAGGACAAAAAGAUGAUCUACCAUACUGCACUAUUGAAGAAUAUAAGGAAAAUAAACCCGAUGAUCAAACGAAUAAACAAAACUUCAAUAAAACAUCAAAUUUCAAUAACGAUGGAAAUUCUAAAGUCGCCCCAGAUGUUAUAGUGGGAACUCCUGGCCUCGAGCAACAGCUCUUAAGUCAAAUUGCCAAAUAUGAAGUCACACAAAAAAAGAAAACACAAAACAAGAAUCAAAAAUUAUCUUCAAGUAAUAAUUCAGAUGACGAUGAGCAAAGCGAUUACGGAUUUAAUAAAAGGCCUUCUGUCAAAGGCAUUAAAACAAAAUAUAAGACAGACACGACGAAAAACAAUAAAGACUCAGAAAAGGAAAAAAGUGGAACAAAGAUGGAUGCAGAUAUGAUAGAUAAAACUAAUACACAGCAUUCAAAUUCAUUAAUCGCGCAACAACGAAGUGCAAACUUGUGGAACUAUGCCGAUUUGGACAAAGUAUCAGUCGAUAAUUUUCCUGCUUCCCCGUAUCCUGUUGAAUCAAUACAAAUUGUAUCUGGGCAGCGUCCGAAUACGAACCAUAGUUGUAAUAUAACAAACAUUACCAAAAAGUCAUCCAAAUUUCAAAAAACUCCAACGUCGAAGCGACCAGAAUCACCUCCACCUUACAAGAAUUAUUAUCAAACAAUGGUUCUAAUACCUUGUAAUACCGGUUCGUAUACCACUCAAUAUAUCACCAAUGGCGAACACCAUCAUAUACACAGUAAAAAUAUUUUGGAAUAUCAAAAGGUUACUCAACAAACAAUAAGAGUUCCAAUAUCCUAUUCGUUCCCUUCAAUGAAAAUGCAUUUAGCAAGAGAUAGGGAUGAUCUCAAUAUGUGUUAUGGGUUUUCAAACCCUAAAGGCAAUGUAAAUAUUGCUCAAGUUAUUCAAAUACCUAAUGUAGACGAAAAAGCACUGGCGGAAGGAGCAGCAGCAAUUUCUUUUUCCGAAUGUAAGCAAAUAAUUUCUACAGCAAAACUGAGUUCAUUUGGUCCGUCUGAUAAUACUGAACAUUUGCAUCAAGAUUCAGAUAUAACUUUUUAUGCCAACAAUGUGGAAAAACUAUGAUUAAAUUAUUAGAGCAACAUGCAAUUUUAAAAUAUUAUGUAAUAUGUAUUUAAAAUAUAUGUGUUUAAUGAAAAAUUCUUUUUCUUUAUAUUUGAACUUCUGCGGCAUAUUACUAAUGGAAGUUCAAAGAUAUUCAAGAGUAAAAUGUAUGCCAGCAAAAUAUUUUUUCGAAAGGAUAUUUGGUUGAAUAUUUUUUAAAAACUGAGACUAAAUUUCAUCAAAAGAAACCGCUUUCAGAAUACGUUGCAGUCGUUCGUUUACACUGUUUUGUAUUUUUUACAUUAUUCGGAUAAAAUUUGUUUGUUUGAAACGUUGUAUUUACCGUAUAAAAAAUUAUAUGACACUUACAUCGUAAUAC